AUGUCGCGGUCGGGUAACAAGAAACCGGUUGGGUUUGCGACACAUAUCGCUGCUGGUGGUAUUGCUGGAGCAUGCGAAGCGCUAGCAUGCCAGCCUCUCGACACCAUCAAGGUCCGAAUGCAGCUCUCCAAGUCUGGUCUCGCUCCGGGUACCAAACCGCGCGGGUUCCUCGCCACUGGAGCGCUGAUUGUUCGCCGCGAAACGCCUCUUGCACUGUACAAAGGCCUCGGGGCCGUCCUCUCUGGCAUCGUCCCUAAAAUGUCCAUCCGUUUCGCAUCGUUUGAGCAGUACAAGCGCUUGCUCGCGGAUCCAAACACUGGGAAGACGAGCACGGGCAUGAUAUUCCUCGCUGGGCUCGGCGCCGGGACGACAGAGGCUGUUGCUGUCGUCACGCCUAUGGAGGUCGUGAAGAUUCGACUGCAAGCACAAAUGCACUCGUUGGCAGACCCGACGGAAGCGCCGAAGUAUCGGAAUGCGGGACACGCUGUUUAUACUAUUGUCAGAGAAGAGGGUGUGGCAACGCUGUACCGUGGGGUCAGCUUGACGGCGCUGAGGCAGGCGACAAACCAAGGCGCAAACUUUACUGCAUACCAAGAACUGAAGAAAUUUGCGCAUAAAAUGCAGCCCGACCUUGUUGAACUGCCGUCUUACCAGCAUAUGAUCAUCGGACUCAUCUCUGGUGCAAUGGGGCCAUUUUCGAAUGCGCCGAUUGACACUAUCAAGACGCGUUUGCAGAAGUCGCCAGUGGACCCAGCCAACCCACAGUCUGCGUUUGCGCGUAUUUCCGCAAUUGCCGGCGAGAUGUGGCGCCAAGAAGGAACGCGGAGUUUCUAUAAGGGCAUCACACCCAGAGUGUUGAGAGUUGCGCCAGGCCAGGCAGUCGUUUUUGCGGUUUACGAGAGGGUUAGUGGGCUGAUAGAGAGCAUGGGCAAGCGCGUCGUGGAGGACGAUGGCUACUCUGAAUAA